GGAAGAGUUAGGAUAACUAUAAAGCCAUUAUGAAAGAAGAGAAGAAGAAAGUGGUAGAAGGGAGAGAUAUGAACAUGGGAAAUUUUAAUCUAUCUCACAGUAGUUGAAGGUCCCCAAAGACACCUUGUUUCUGGAAAAGAGAGCAAGUGGAAGCAUGGAAAGCAGUUGUUGAAGCAGUUCGGAGGCAUUUCUUUUGCUAACUUUAGCAUGCUGGAAUAGUAUCACUAUGAACAUUGUGAGAAAAUGAUGAAAGGAAAAGAAGUGAUACCCCUUCUCACCCCAUACAACAUGGGAAAAUUUAAUCUAUCCCACAGGAUAGUUUUGGCACCAUUAACAAGAACAAGGUCCUACAACUUUGUGGCUCAACCACAUGCUGCUCUCUAUUACUCUCAAAGAACAACAAACGGUGGCUUCUUGAUUGGGGAAGCCUCAGGGAUCUCAGACACAGCACAAGGGUACCCAAAUACACCUGGUAUUUGGACAAGAGAGCAAAUAGAAGCCUGGAAACCAAUUGUUGAAGCUGUUCAUAGAAAAGGAGGCAUUUUCUUUUGUCAACUUUGGCAUGCUGGAAGAGUAUCCAACUAUGGUUACCAACCAGGUGGACAACCUCCAAUCUCGAGCACAGACAAAGCACUACAAAAGGAAGGCAGCAGCUCUGAGUACCCGCCGCCUCGACGUCUCGCAAUCGAUGAAAUCUUGGAUGUUGUUAAUGACUUCAAAAUGGCAGCCAAAAAUGCCAUAGAAGCCGGUUUUGAUGGAGUGGAGAUACAUGGAGCUAAUGGAUACUUGCUUGAUCAAUUCCUAAAAGACAAAGUAAACGAUAGAGAGGACGCGUACGGAGGAAGCUUAGAAAAUCGGUGUCGCUUCCCGCUAGAGGUUGUUAAAGCGGUUGCUGAUGAGAUCGGAGCUGAAAAAGUCGGUGUUCGGCUCUCUCCUUUUGCUGACUAUUGUGGUUGUGGAGACUCUAACCCUCAAGCUUUGGGAAUUUAUAUGGCUGAAUCAUUGAGUGAAUUAGGAAUUCUUUACUGUCAUGUGAUUGAGCCUAGGAUGCAAACCAUGUUUGAUAAAGAUGACAGUAAUGUGUCUUUGAUGCCGAUGCGAAAGGCUUUCGAUGGAACGUUUAUCGUUGCUGGUGGAUAUGAUAGGAGUGAUGGAAACAAAGUGUUGGAGAAUGAUGGUGCAGAUUUGGUAGCUUAUGGCCGAUUGUUUUUGGCAAAUCCAGAUUUGCCUAGAAGAUUUGAGUUGGAUGCUGAUUUCAAUAAGGCUGAUAAGAGCACUUUUUACACCAGUGAUCCUGUUGUUGGAUAUACAGAUUAUCCAUUUCUUGAAAAUGCCAGCUGAAUUAUGAGUUUUUCCUCCUAAACUUUUUAUCUUGAUGAAUAGUUGUUGUUGUUGUUAUAUGUUCAAAUUGGAGGGGAAAAAAAGGAGGGAAGGUUAUGAGUUAGAAAGAGCCUAUGAAACUCAUAAAAGUUGCACAGUCGCAGACAGAAAGUAACAU